AUGCUCGCCUCUCCUGCGCUGGCCUGCCUGGUGCUUGCCCGUCCGGUUCUCGCCCUCUCUCUGCCUCUCCAGCGACGUCUAGCGACCUGGCUGACCACCGAGAACGCUCGCUCGGACUCUGCGGUACGUGCAUCAACACUGCGAACGAGUCCUGCGGACAUGCUGCGUGCUUCAUCCUCGUUUCUCCCUCCGCUCCGUCGCCAUAUCGCUGUCUAUGGCCACGCAAAAUGCACCACACGAUAG